CACAGGCUCCGCUCGUCCACCUGCUCCACCACCUCAGUCACGCGCAUUGUGUUUUUUUGUUUUGUUUUUUUGGAAGAUGAAACUUGAAGUUUUCUCUGCGCACCACUUCGUGCACAAGCCGCUGGAGCUGUGCGUGGACGUGGACGGAGGCGUGCCGUCUCCGCUGUCCGGAGACGAGCUGGGCUCGGACGGGGACUGCGUGGCGCACAGCCCGGCACCUGUCACUCAGAGCGCGGACGGCGUGAAGGGCAAACCGUACACGCGCAGACCCAAGCCUCCGUACUCGUACAUCGCCCUGAUCGCCAUGGCUAUCCGGGAGUCCAGCAGCGGCCGCCUCACGCUGGCGGAGAUCAACGACUACCUGAUGAAGAAGUUCCCGUUCUUCCGCGGCAGCUACACCGGAUGGAGGAACUCGGUGCGCCACAACCUGUCCCUGAACGACUGCUUCCUCAAAGUCCUGCGGGACCCGUCCCGGCCGUGGGGCAAGGACAACUACUGGAUGCUGAACCCGCACAGCGAGUACACCUUCGCGGACGGAGUGUUCCGCCGCCGCAGGAAGCGCAUCGCCAAGCGGCCCCCCAAGGAGCCCGAGAGCCCGGAGGCGCCGCAGCGCGCCGGCGGGGACACGCGCCUCCCCGACGCCGCCGAGGGGCGCGUGGUAGUCAAGUUCUCCAGCUCGUUCGCCAUAGAGAGCAUCCUCAGCAAGCCCUUCAAGGGGCGUCAGGACGCGGACACGCCGGGCUUCUACUGGCCCCCAGGGGGCCCCCACAUACUACCGUACACACUCAGCCAGCACGCGUACCUGCCGGAGCCCGUCACACCCGCGCCCACCUACCUCCCGCACACAAGACAGGACAUUCCGUGCGCGGAACGCGGGUUGCACGCGCUCAAGGUACCCAACAAGGCGCGCGCCACCAGCUUCCACAUAGACUCUUUGCUGUCAUAAAGCGCCCCCCCACAACACCACCUCCUCCUCCGUGCUCCCCUGCGCGCGCGCGCGCGCCCUGCUCGUGGACUUACUGGUUUGGAAUUUGACGUCUGUGUUUGUGGGCGCGCGUGCAUCCAUGUGGUCAUUUCUGAUGUAUGACGUCACACUGAUUAUUUAUAUUUUUCUGUUUUGUAUAUGAGCUGCUGUGUAAAAUAUUAUGUGUACAUAAAAUGCGUGGAUGCAGUUUAAAAAAAGACGCAUGGAAAUGUUCAGUUUCCCUCAGAUUGGCUCGUGCAUGGUGUAUUUUUUAUGAAUAAAAAACGUCAAAGAGUG